AUGGGUUUGGUAUUGGAAGGCUUAGACCCUGUUAGAAAGAGGCCAGGGAUGUAUAUUGGGAGCACAGGACCUCGUGGUCUUCACCAUUUGGUCUAUGAAAAAUUAGAUAAUGCUGUGGAUGAGGCUCAAGCCGGAUUUGCUUCAAAGAUGGAGGCUGUUUUACUUGCAGAUGGUUCUAUGCCUUUUAGUCAAAAGCUUCACAAAUCCUUUUUUGUAUAUAUUAAAGUAAGAACACAGUGUCAUGAUUUCUUAUAA